CUUUAGAAUUUCUCCGUGAAAAGAAAUCAAUGGCACGAGCAAAUGGUCACCGUUUCGAAACUGUUAUUGGCAUAGGGAAGCCAGCGAAUUUCACCGGAGGACUUGAGUUCACUAGUCUUACGUAUACAGUGAGUAAGAAGAAGAAGGUUGAUGGGAAAUGGUUGAGCCAAGAAGUAGAUUUGUUACACAGGAUUACUGGUUAUGCACCCAAAGGGUGCAUCACUGCCGUCAUGGGGCCUAGUGGUGCCGGAAAAUCUACCUUCUUGGAUGGAUUGGCUGGGCGUAUUGCAAGUGGAAGCCUCAAGGGUAGAGUGUCAUUUGCUGGCACGGAAAUGAGUCCAAGCUUGAUUAAAAGGACUUCGGCCUAUAUAAUGCAGGAAGAUAGGCUGUUUCCUAUGCUUACUGUUUAUGAGACUUUGAUGUUUGCUGCUGAUUUUCGUCUGGGGCCGAUUUCCGCAGCUGACAAGAAGCAGCGGGUAGAGAAGCUGAUUGAGCAGCUUGGUUUAUCUUCUUCCAGGAACACCUACAUAGGCGACGAAGGUACCCGAGGAGUGUCCGGUGGGGAGCGUCGUAGAGUGUCAAUUGGUGUAGACAUAAUCCAUGGACCAUCCUUGCUGUUCCUGGAUGAGCCUACCUCAGGUCUGGACUCUACCAGUGCUCAUAGUGUAAUAGAAAAGGUACACCACAUUGCAAGGUCAGGUAGCACUGUGAUCCUUACAAUUCAUCAACCCUCAUCAAGAAUCCAACUGCUCCUUGAUCAUCUCAUAAUUCUAGCUCGUGGGCAACUCAUGUAUCAAGGCUCGCCAAAAGAUGUCACCCUUCAUCUUAGCCGGAUGGGGAGAAAAGUCCCCAAAGGCGAAAACUCAAUAGAGUAUAUAAUUGAUGUGAUACAAGAGUAUGAUCAAUCUGAGCAUGGAGUGGAGGCACUUGCACAAUUUGUACGCACUGGAGUGAAACCGCCUAAGCUGUCCGAUGAGGACUUGUCUGUAUCCACUGUUGUUCCGACACCGACACCGCCCCGUUGGAACCGCCGUCAGUCGGAAGGAUCUGGUAGAAGGAGAAAUGAUGGGAAAGGGCCCUUACAAACAAGUACUCAAGAAUCUAAUGAGUUUGAUGAGUUUAACCAUAGUCUGCGGAGCCCUUCAUGGAGUGGUAGCAGUAUUGGAGUGAUGCAAACGCUCAGGUUUACACCUUCUAAUCAAAGGAAUGAUAGAAAAGUGAAAAAUCCAAUGAGUUCAUCUCCUGGCUACUACACAUACUCGAGCGACGUCCUGCCAAACACACCAACGCCUCACAGCAGCGACUACACAGUGAAUGAAAAUGACUACCUGACCCCAAAAGAUGCUCCAAACGGCAUGCCCUAUCAUCUUGCUCCAAAAUUUGCCAAUUCCUUCUUCUCAGAGACUUGGAUUCUUAUGCGCCGAAACUUCAAGAACAUUAGAAGAACCCCUGAGCUUUUCCUUUCAAGACUCGUGGUCCUAACCACUAUGGGCUUCAUGAUGGCAACCAUGUUCUUGAACCCUAAAGAUAAUUCUCAAGGAAUCACCAAUCGUCUUAGUUUCUUCAUUUUCACUGUUUGUCUCUUCUUCUUCUCUUCCAAUGAUGCUGUUCCUGCCUUUAUCCAAGAACGUUUUAUUUUCAUCCGCGAAACUUCCCACAAUGCCUAUAGAGCCUCUUCUUACACCAUUUCUGGCCUCAUCACUUACCUUCCCUUUCUUGCACUCCAAUCUGGUGUUUAUGCUGCUAUUGUUUGGAAAGCCUUAAAGCUGCGCGGACCGUUCUACUAUUUCUUGCUCGUUCUCUAUGUUUCCCUUCUCUCCACCAACUCAUUUGUGGUGUUUGUGAGCUCAGUGGUGCCAAAUUUUAUUCUGGGUUAUGCAGCUGUAAUUGCCUUCACUGCUCUCUUUUUCUUGUUCUGUGGAUACUUCUUGAAUAGCCAUGAUAUUCCCAUAUAUUGGAAGUGGAUGAACAAGAUUUCCACUAUGACAUAUCCAUAUGAAGGGCUAUUGAUGAACCAGUACCAGACAACAGAUAUUUUUGGCUAUGCUCCAAAUGGGGAUCCUAUAAGUGGCAAUUCCAUCUUAAAAUCACUCAAUAUUAGUACCAAAGAAUCAGAGAAGUGGGAGAAGGUGCUCGUGAUGUUGGGUUGGGCAGUUCUAUACAGGAUGUUUUUCUACAUAACUCUUCGAUUCUUCUCCAAGAACCAGAGGUCGUAGAAAAUCACACCAUGGAGGGAAAAUAAGUGGGGAUAUUUGGUGAUGUUUAAUUCUACUUUUGCUGGACAAAUCACUUGUUUAAUCAGCCAUGUUACAUUUGGUAGAUGUUACAUUUGGUAGAAAGUAUUACGAUGUAAUGUAAUUAAUUAUAUAAUAAUGAAAUGAAUGAUGCAAUAUAAUCAUCAUUUUAUUUUCAUAUUUAGUUACAAAA